CUGCGAUCCGCAAUCCGCAUUCCGCAAAGCGCAAAUAUUGUUUGCUUAAUUAUUUAUUGUUGUUUUUACCAUAUAUUUACUACAGUAAGAGUAUUCAUAAUAACCUCCACUUUGCAAGGUUGCGAAUAUGAUAUUCCUGAUCAGGCCACACGGCGGUUAAUGUAAUGCGACAACAGAUUACAUCUGUAUAAAAUUACAAAUGUACUGACUCAAGAUAGUUGAUUUAGAGGAGAGGAGAAUUAUAGCUCUAAAAUGUCCACAAAAGCCGAGAACCCUAGCUUAGAAGCAGAAGAGUCUAUUCUGUACUCUGCAAGACAUGGAGAAUUGUCGAUGGUUAAAGCACUUCUAGACGCGAAAAUAGAAGGAAAACUAACUUUGGAUAUCAACUGUAAAGGUAAAACCAAGAGCAACUUAGGAUGGACACCAUUACACCUGGCCACAUAUUUUGGCCACAAAGAAGUGGUGGAGGCACUGAUGGAUGCGGGGGCAGAUGUGGACGAAGUCAACGACAGUGGAGACACAGCUUUACAUAAAGCUUCGUUUAUUGGGAAUGAGGAGCUAGUGAUUCUUCUCCUAAACUACAAAGCUGACGUCAACAUAAUGAAUGGUGAAGGCAAGACAGCAAUUGACGUGUGCAAAACACAAGAUGUACAGAGACUGUUAGAGGCUGCAGGCUUGGCUGAGAGGAGGGACAGAGAGAGGAAACUCUUGACUGCUGCCAGAGAGGGACGGGUAGAUGAAGUGCAAGAAUUGUUAAGCAGCUCGAACCCUACCAGCAUAAACUGUGUGGACGCGCAAGGCAAUACGUGCCUGCACUGCGCGGCGUACCGCGGCCAUGCGCGAGUCGCAGUGUUGCUGCUGCAGAAUGGCAUUGACACCACUCUCAGAAAUAAUAGUGGACAGCUAGCGAUAGACCUGGCGAAGGACAACGAGAUGCGCGACGUGUUGAGCGUGCGACCCGUGCAGCGGCUGCAGCGCACCGCGGCCCGGUUUGAGGGGCCGCUCUUGAAGCGGUCGCGCUUCCUGGGAUGGAGACCUAUAUGGGGUGUCCUCCAACGAGGCGUGUUGCUGUACUACGGGUCGCGCGCGGAGGCGGCGCGGGAGGGCGGGCGGUGGCGCGACCGCAAGUACCUGGACGGCGCGGCGUUGAGUGCGCCCGACACGGAGCCCGCGCUGCUCGUCGUCAACUUCAGCGACGGCGACAGCCACCGCCUCGCCGUGCCGCAGGGGGACAGCGUGCACGCGUGCAGGCAGUCGUGGAUCACCGCAUUGAAAGAGCACAUAGCGUACUCCGGCCACUACCUGUGGGCGGGCGCUCCGCCCGACUCCGCCAAGGAGGCCACUGAGGAUCUAGAGGACGAGUGCAAACCGCUUGGCUCGAUGCAAGACGCGCUAACCACGGCCACGAAUAGUCUGGCUCUCCUCGACACUCAGCUGCGCGAGUGCGCUGCGAUAGUCGCCGCUCUAGACAAGAGUGUCAAUGUCGGCAACUCGCUGCACCACUCCGCUUACAUGAGGUUCCAACACGCGUGCGGCUCUGGGCAGGCGGCGCUAGUGGCGCUGCGGCACUGCGCCGCGCUGGUGGCGCAGACUCGCGACAGAGACAAACACGCGCUCGCUACACAGAUAGAGCGAAACAGAGUAUUGGAGGAGGCCUUAGCCGCGCUCGCGAGAACGCAUCAUGCGCUGGAGAUGUCUGUAGCGGAAGAACUUACUAAGAGCAAGAGAAAAAAGAAAAGCUCUCAAUCGAACAACGACUCGAAGGAAAAUUUCUACGACGUGUACGAUGAUUCCGAUGACGACACGCUGGUAACAGCGGGGUUGUCCAGUCCCUUGGGGGCGCUGAGCCCGUGGGGCAGCAGCCCCGACCUCACCAGGAGGACGCCCAUCGGCAGCGUGGACGGCGACGGUGAGAGGACACCAACGAACGAGGACCGCGAGGCGUUGGCCCGGCAGCAGUCGGGAGCGUCGCUGUCAUCAGGGUCGCCGGUGUCGCUGCACACGGCGCUGAGCCCGGCCUCGUCGCGCGGCACGCUGGUGUCGCAGGGCGGCCACGUGUACCGGAACGCGCGCCCCUACAAGAAGAACGUCAAGCCGAGUUUGGAAUGGUCACUUUAAGUUUAUUAUUAACACAACAUUAUUAUAACAACAAAUAUAUUAUUAUGUAUGAAACAACGUUUGUGACAUUGUACUUGCAGUUUAAAAGUACACUCUAUUGUUAUAUAUUUAAGGAUAACAUUCAUUUAUCCAUUGAAAAGUUCCGUCCUUUAUCCAACGAUCUUAAAAGUCCAUGAUGUUCAGAUGUAUCGAAUUUCUAUCAAGUCAUUAUCUGCUAUGAUAUAAAGAUAGUAAAAAUAGAACGAGCGAAUAUAAUAUGAUUAGUUAUGCUUUUUCAAAGUAACCAUAACGAAUAUAGCUUAAAUAUUUUAUUUCUACGUACUUAGAGAGAAAAAUGGAACGUUAAUCAUGCCACAUUUAAAAAAAUAUAUAAUAUUGUAGGGCAAAGUAAUAACAAUUUCAUUCUUAUGAAUAAUCUGUGAUAUAUAAAAUAAUAUUAAAAUUAAUGUAAUAAAUGUAUAAUGUAUUUUUUACAGUUAAUACAAAUCAAUUGAUUAGUUAAAAUGCAUUUAUUUUGAAAAAAACAUUGCGUAGGUUACGAUAUCAAAGUUAUGCAUUGCACACAUUUUUUGGUAACGCAAUUAGGGACUUGGAGUUCUUUUUAGGGGUUGGCCUUUUUUUUCUUGAAACUAUAGAUUUCGUUAUAUAUUUCUACAUAAUCCGCACUGACUUUUUUUUUUUUUAAAGUCUUCCAAAUAUUUCAUGGAGACUCAUAAAGAUCAUUGCUCAUUGGACCCACCCGCCGCAUGAUCCUCACCGCCUCGCAUCGAGUGGGUAGUAUUAUUUGUAUGGAGUAUUAUAUACCUACAUAUGCUCUCUACAUCAACUCCGGGGCAGUCUAUGAGCAAGGUGCUCAUAGACUGACCACGUGCGACCGGCGUGUGGACCACUCUGUGACAACCUGUUACACGCACGCAUGCCUUACGCCAGCCACGCACCGUCAAGUAUACCGAAAUAUCGUUAGAGAUAGAGUUUCGAUAUUUUUUUAUCGCCCGUAUCCCUAAGCGUGCUGCAUACGGAUUUGUCCGUGUGUGGCUGGCGUAGCGUUGACUACUCGUAUUUAACCGCGCGCUGUCCGCGAGUGGUUCACACGCGACAACCAUAGCCAUAGUUUACUAGAUAUCAACGCGGUAUCCACCCGUGAAAUACCUGACGCAACUGAACACGCUCUAUUUAACCGUGGACCACAUGUCGAUAACGAGUGGACACCGAGCAACUAGGCGGUGAGAGGUGGAUCAGGUGCCGGGUGGGUUCAAUGAGUUAGGACCUUUAUUAUGCUUAAAUUGACAUUUACUGGACGUACAAAAAAUAAUUUACCUAAGUUGAUUUUGACAUAUAAUUAAUGUUAAGAAUUAAUUAUGUUCUGCAUAAUAUUGUUUGUGAUUUUAUGUUGAUUUGUGAUUAAUAAAAAUUUAUAUGUUUUA